AUGCCGCCGACAGACGCGGGCGCGUCGUCCAUUGCGGUGACGGUUCGUGUGCGGCCAUUCACAAUUCGAGAAGCAGCCCAACUACAAAAGACAGAUGGGGGCACGCUCUUCCUCGGAGACGGCUCGAUGGCGGCGGCUCCCACGCCGAAGCUGAACCAGAAAGGACUGCGGUCGGUGAUCAAGGUCGUUGACGACCGCUGCUUGGUUUUCGAUCCACCGGAAGACAACCCGGUGCACAAGUUCUCUCGAUCGGUGGUGCCGACGGGCAAGAAGGUCAAGGACCAGGUGUUUGCGUUUGACCGGAUCUUCGACGACAACGCAACGCAGGCGGACGUGUACGAGGGAACGACCAAGGGCCUACUGGACUGCGUGCUGGACGGAUACAACGCAACGGUGUUUGCAUACGGAGCGACGGGCUGCGGCAAGACACACACGAUCACGGGAACGGCGCAGCAUCCGGGAAUUAUAUUUCUGACGAUGCAGGAGCUGUUUGAGAAGAUGGACGAGCGCAGCGGGGAGAAGGUGACAGAGGUGACACUGUCAUACCUGGAGAUCUACAACGAGACGAUCCGUGACCUGCUGGUUCCGGGAGGCAGCAAGCAGGGGCUGAUGCUGCGGGAGGACUCGAACCACGCGGUGACGGUGGCGGGGCUGAGCAGCCACCGGCCGAACAACGUGCAGGACGUGAUGGACAUGAUUGUGCAGGGCAAUGAGUGCCGGACGGUGUCGCCGACGGAGGCGAACGCGGUAUCGUCACGGUCGCACGCGGUGCUGCAGAUCAACGUGUCGCAGAAGGAUCGCAACGCGAGCGUGAAUGAGCCGCACACGAUGGCGACGCUGAGCAUCAUCGACCUGGCGGGCAGCGAGCGGGCGAGCGCGACGAAGAACCGUGGAGACCGGCUACUGGAGGGAGCCAACAUCAACAAGUCGCUGCUGGCACUGGGAGGCUGCAUCAACGCGCUGUGCGAUGCGCGCAAGACGAAUCACGUGCCGUACCGAAACAGCAAGCUGACGCGGCUACUCAAGUUCUCGCUGGGCGGCAACUGCAAGACGGUGAUGAUUGUGUGCGUGAGCCCGUCGAGCGCGCACUUUGACGAGACGCAAAAUACGCUGCGGUACGCGAACCGGGCGAAGAACAUACAGACCAAGGUGACGCGCAACGUGUUUAACGUGAACCGACACGUCAAGGACUUUCUGGUCAAGAUCGACGAGCAGAUGGCGCUGAUCAACGAGCUGAAGGCGCAGCAGCGGGACGCGGAGCGGACGUAUGCGACCAAGGCGCGGCGGCAGCUGGAGAAGCGCGACGUGACAGUGCGCGAGGGCAUGCAGCGGAUCCGGCAGGCGUACGACAAUGCGGCGGCGGAGCGGCAGCAAAAGGUGGCGGACAUGUGGAAGCUGCGGUGUAUUGAGCGGCGGAUCAGCACGCUGUCGGCGUGGAUGAUGGCGUUUGAGAUGGUGGAGAGUGGUGGUGGUGGUGAGGUUGGAGAGGAUGGAGAGGCUAGAGAGGAAGCAGGACCUACAAGGAUGGCAGCAGCACUGGUGCCGAUGCACAAGUCAGCACGGGGAAUCCUGGCGGAGCUGGAGCACAGCCGACAACACCUGCACCAGAAGGUGGAGCGGUGCAACUGGGAGCGGGCAGUGGACACGGCGCUGCAGCACAGCAUUGGACAGGUGAAGACAGCGGUGGCAGACAGCGCAGUAGCGGAUGCAGGCGAGGCGAUUGCGACGCUGACACGCGAGGCAGAGCUGCUGAAGGCGCAGUUUGGGCGCGAAGCGUUGGUGGAGGUGCAGGAGCAGGAGCGGAAGACGGGGACAGGCGAAGUGAUGCAGGGACUGCUGGCGGCACAAUUCCGGAUGAUGGCCGCACUGGCCGAGACGCUGGAGAUGGGCGACGAGGAAGCAGGCGAGCGUGGACCGACGGUGAUGCAGGAGCUGCUGGAGAAGGGAGUGACAGCGGCAGGACAGGUGAUCCGGCCAGACGUGUCGGCAGAGAUGGCGGCGACGAUUCCGCUGCCGAAACGCGGACAGCCACGACGCAAGCGAAUGUCUAGCCUGGGCUACGGAGGCUAUUCGUCGACAGCACGGCCUUCUAUUGGCGGGUCGUCGUAUCUGGGAUCGCAUCUGUUGGUGGCAGCAGCGGGGACGCGGCCGGGGUCGGGGUUGGGGCUGGCAUCGCCGUCGAAGGCGGCACCUCGACGACAUCGGGUCAGCGGAGCGGGAGCGCGUAAGAGCGUGUCGUUUACGCCGUUGAAGAAGAAGGCGUCGUCGUCGUCGCUGAAACGCAGUGUGCGAUGGCGAGACGACGCGUCGGAAGACGGCACGCUGGCCGACUACGAAAAGACGCCGCAGGGGGAGAGAAGAGAGGGAGAGGGCGUGAGAGCCGAGAGUAGGGCGAGCGAAGCGAGGAGUGAAGAGAGCCAAGAGAGCCAAGAAGAGGCGAGCGGAGCGAGGAGACAACUGGCUUGGACGAUGGAUACGGUGCCGGAAGAGGCGUCCAGUCCGAUGAGAAGGGCGAUACCCGGCUCACCGGCAUCUCCAGCACUACCGACACCACCAUCGCUCAGCCGGAUGGACCUGUUGGCAGCAGAUGAGUCGCUGUUGGUGGGCGACACGUCGUCGAUGUCGACUUCGAUGCUGGCCAGCAAGCCGAGCCGAUUCCAAGCGGGAUUUCUGACAAAGACGCGGCUAUCGUCGGCAGUAUCGGCGCCAUCCGUGACAUCCAUCCCAUCGGCCGUUUCGUCCUCCAGUCUCAGUCCGCCGUCACCCGACAGCGAGCGGACGUUGACGCUGGCACCUUUACAGCGACGGGCGUCACCGCUGCGCAACAUCUCGCUGCCGCGGGCGGCGAAUCACCAGCUGACACCGCCGUCAGCGACGCGGAUUGCGAGCCUGAAUCUGAGUGGCAGUCCCAAGUAUAUCAGCACAGGCUUGUCACCGUCGUCGUUGCGGGACGAGAACCAGCCGCCGAGUCAGCUGCCGCGGACGUCGUCGCCACGAACGUCAUCGCCGGCCGGCCACCAUUCGGACGCGGACAUGACAGCUGGACUGACGGCUGGCGAGCUGAUCGACCCGCUAAAGCUGCGGUCGGCCAUUCCAGCGGCAGCAGGCGCGCGGCUCUUCUCGAUCGGCACCCAUAACGCGCACAGCCGGCGGACGUCAUCGUCGCUGCCAGCAUCGUCGGCGAGCUCGACUAACGGCAUCUCGCGCCAGCGACGGCGCAGCAACGAGCGCCAGCGAUCGCCACCCAUUUCGUGCUCGCCGCCUAGGAGUCACGGCGCCGGAACGAGUGGCAUUGGCCGGCUUGGCAGUAGUCUCAGCGGCAGUGGCAGCGGCAGCCUGCGCGACGGCAUGGCCACGCGUGGCGGUCUUGCGGGUCCGUCCGGUCUGUCGGGUGCUUCAGGUCUCUCAGGUCCGUCCGGUCUGUCGCCCACACGCAUCCGUCAUGUUGCCACGAUCAGCGGCGGCGGCUCACCUCAACAAGGCAGCCGUCUGCUGGAUGGCACCGGCAGGCGACGGACUACGACCGGCAACAGCGGACUGACCGGACCCGUGGUCGGGAAGAAGGAGGGUAGCGGCAGCAGCAGCGGCAGCGGCAGUAUGUCAUGGCGAUGA